GACUCCAACAACUAAAUUUACGAGAUUUUCUCGAGAGAAUCCUGAACAAAAUUAACCGCUUUGAUUUUAUCUUCAAAACCCCAUCACUGACUACUUCAAUCUGAACUAGUAUUAAUUUUUCUCUUUCAAUACCCAUAAUCCAAAAUCCAUUCUCAUCAUUGCCAGCAAUGGCGACGAAAUUUGACGGCAUUGAAGAGGCAGAAAUCACAAAGAUGGAAGAAGGUGCAGCAACAAACAAAGGCAAUGGCGAAUUCUGGUCAUCAGUUUCAGUCGUCAGCAUCACACAAAAGUUGGUCGCAGAAGUUAUAGGAACGUAUUUCAUAAUAUUUGCUGGCUGUGGGGCCGUUGCAGUGAACAAAAUAUACGGAUCGGUCACUUUUCCAGGCAUUUGUGUGACAUGGGGCUUAAUUGUAAUGGUGAUGAUCUAUACAGUCGGCCAUAUUUCGGGGGCUCACUUUAACCCCGCCGUCACCAUUGCUCUCGCGAUCUUCCGCCGCUUUCCGUGGUGGCAGGUUCCAUUGUAUAUUGUAGCUGAUCUGAUGGGAUCCAUUCUUGCCAGUGGAACUUUAUCUUUGAUGCUUGACGUGACUCCAAACGCUUAUUUUGGAACUCUGCCUGCCGGAUCCAAUGGCCAAUCUCUUGCUGCGGAAAUCAUCAUCUCCUUCCUCUUGAUGUUUGUCAUUUCAGGCGUGACCACUGAUAACAGAGCGAUUGGGGAAUUAGGUGGGCUUGCUGUUGGAAUGACCAUAAUGCUAAAUGUCUUCGUUGCCGGACCUGUGUCUGGAGCUUCAAUGAACCCGGCGAGGAGCUUAGGCCCGGCUAUUGUUAAGCAUGAAUACAGAGGAAUAUGGGUGUACAUGAUAGGGCCGGUGAUCGGGACCGUCGCAGGAGGAUUUGCAUACAAUUUGAUCAGAUUUACAGACAAGCCACUCAGUGAAUUGACCAAAAAUUCUUUUUUCCUCAAGUCCCUGUCUAGAGAAUAAUUCUUAUCAAUCCUGUAAUUAAUGGGUUUUUUCUUUUUUUUUUAGAAUUUUGGA